UAUAUUGGGACUAUGUACAAGCUUAUAAAGAUAAGCAUGGAAAAGAUGUUCGUGUUUUAGCUGAAUCAACUUUUACUAAUAUCUGGAAAUCUUUAAUGCCAUCACUUCAAUUUAUGUCCGCGAAAACUGAUUUAUGUGAAACUUCUCAUUUAAAUCGUACACAAGAAGAACAUAACUAUUAUAAUGCUAACAUUAUGAAUGCAAUUGAGGAUA